AUGGAUGUGGCUUUUACGCACGUUUCUUUAUGGACGCUACUCGCCUUCGUGCUGACGUGGACGGUGUUCUACGUCACCAGCAGGAGGACGAAGGGGAAGAAGGCGGCGAAGUUGGUGGAUAUGGUGGCCGAGGAGAGAAGAGACGGUGGUACUGAUGUCAUCAUCGUUGGAGCUGGUGUAGGCGGUUCAGCUCUCGCCUAUUCUCUUGCUAAGGAUGGACGUCGAGUACAUGUGAUAGAGAGGGACAUGAAAGAACCAGAGAGAAUGAUGGGUGAGUAUAUGCAACCAGGAGGACGACUCUUGCUUGCUAAGCUUGGUCUUGAAGAUUGUUUGGAGGAAAUAGAGGCACAGAAAUCUGUUGGUUUAGCAGUUUAUAAGGACGGACAAGAAGCAGUCGCACCUUAUCCGGGGAAGGAAGAUAACAACUUUCCUUAUGAACCUUUUGGUCGAUCUUUUCACAAUGGCCGAUUUGUCAUGAGACUGCGUCAAAAGGCGUCUUCUCACCCCAAUGUACGCCUGGAAGAAGGAACGGUGAAAUCUUUGAUAGAAGAAAAAGGAGUUAUCAAAGGAGUGACAUAUAAGAAUAGCUUAGGCGAAGACACAACAGCCUUUGCACCUCUCACUGUGGUAUGCGACGGUUGCUACUCAAACCUUCGUCGGUCUCUUAACGACAACAAUGCGGAGAUUCUAUCGUACCAAGUUGGUUUCAUCACAAAGAAUUGCCGCCUUGAUGAUCCCGAAAAAUUACACUUGAUAAUGGGUAAACCCUCCUCCAUCAUGUUGUAUCAAAUCGGCAACACCGACGUUCGUUGUAAUUUUGAUCUUUUCCCCGGCAAUAUUCCUUCUAUUGCUAAUGGUGAAAUGGUUACCUUCAUGAAGAACACUAUAGCUCCUCAGGUACCUCCAAAACUCCGCAAAAUAUUUUUGAAAGGAAUCGAUGAGGGGGCACAAAUAAAAACAAUGCCAACAAAGCGCGUGGAAGCUACUUUGAGCGAAAAAGAGGGAGUGAUUGUAUUGGGAGAUGCAUUCAACAUGCGUCACCCAGUAAUCGCAUCUGGAAUGAUGGUUUUGUUGUCUGACAUUCUCAUUCUACGCGGCCUUCUCAAGCAAUUGAGCAACCUCGGUGAUGCAAAAAAAGUCUCGGAAGUUAUUAAAUCCUUUUAUGCUAUCCGAAAGCCAAUGUCAGCAACCGUGAAUACACUAGGAAAUGCACUUUCUCAAGUGCUAAUUGCAUCUACCGACAAAGCAAAAGAGGCAAUGCGACAAGGUUGCUAUGAUUACCUCUCUUGUGGCGGCUUUCCCACGUCAUCGAUGAUGGCUCUACUUGGUGGCAUGAACCCUCGUCCGAUCUCUCUCAUCUAUCAUAUCUGCGCUAUGACUCUAUCCUCCAUUAGCCAGCUACUCUCUCCAUUUCCAUCUCCUAUUCGCAUUUGGCAUAGCCUCAGACUUUUUGGGAUGGCUAUGAAAAUGUUGGUUCCACAUCUCAAAGCUGAAGGGGUUAACCAAAUGUUGUCUCCAACAUACGCAGCCGCGUAUCGCAAUACCUAUAUAUAUGGCCGCAAGCCCGCAACCGCUUAA